CGUGACAGUUGGAAAGCCAAGACUCGGGAUCUGUCCGAUGGUUGGCUUACGACUCUUUCUCUCUCUCUCUCUUUCUCCAGUCUCCAGCCACAGUAUCCACGGCGCCAUGCGUUUCACUUGCGAAGAUUCUGACACGGGCCGCCCGUUUCAUUUUGCGCCAUCGUGUCUAUGGUCUGUCUGAUCUAUCAUUCUUUAGCAGUGCUAUACUGGCAUGUAGUAAGGGCCAGGUUCAAAUAAAAGAAGAGGGAGAUUAUCGGAAUGCUACUCCCUAGAAACGGAGGGGAUGCGGUUGUGCUACACAGUAAACGGUCCGACUAGAAAGAAGGCUGUGUAAGUCACUUUGCAAACUCCUCCUCCGCACACCAUAGCAAACACAAGCCAGAUCUCACCAUCAAUAAAUUCAUCAUCUAUGAUCCGUACAUACGCACCACAUGACUGGCUCAUUUCGCAUCGUCCCUUGGAUCUCGGAUCAUAGGUUCAUCCCAUCGAAGCCUAUGGGACCCACAGGCAAUCAAACCAGUCUUUCAGCCUCGUGCUGGGGCCACCAUCUCCCGUACCAGAUCACACACUUUCCCUUGGAACCACUAGCCAGGCAACCCUUUUUUUCCUUUCGCGUUGAAAAUUUGUCAACGCUAACCCGGCUGUGUCUAGUGUUGGAAUUCGGCGGUGUGUUUGAAUGCAAGCACUGCUUGCUUUGCUUUUGAUCGCCAGUGCGGAAGAAUAUUUAUGUGUGCGUGUCUGUUGUUGUCACUUGCGCGAGGCGAUGCUUUUCUCCCUCUGCUCUGCUCAUCAUCACUACGCGUAUCGAAAUAGAUGUGUCUAUGUGUGUGUGUGUUCUGCAGAUGAUGAUGAUGAUGGUAUCUAUAAUUGGCAUCACCACAUCAUACAACGGAGGAAGCUUGAAGAAAGGGAGACGAAUAUUUCCCGCGUAGCAGCAGACUUUGCCGCGAAGUGAAGUGUGUAGUAAUUAGUGGCACCAGCGGCAAAUCGAAAUUCCGUUGCCUGGACAGACAAACAAGCAAGCAUGCCCAUUUAAUCCAUCACCGAUCAAUCAACUUCUGCAAGAUUAUGGUUCAUUACUUUCGUUAAUUCUAACGCUCCGAGGACAGGACGUGGAUAAAUAACCAUGUGGCUGGACACGGGCUGGCCAUUGGCACCUAUCAUGCGGCAAGCAACUGUCGAAUCUGAGCAGAAUGGCAUAUUCCUGAGGCAACAUCCUUGAGGUUAGUUUGUCAUGGCUUUUGCUUUUGGGGGGAUACGAGACGGGUCUAUUCCAGGUCUAGCCUCACUUCCUAGACUAGUAUCUGAGACAGGGCCUUAUGAAGAUGUGUAUACUGGGACAAUUGACUGUUGUACAAGCCGUGAAAAGGUACGUUGAUAGAUAGACUUACGCCAAACUGAAGGCGUGUAGGGCGUGUAUCGCGGAGGGACCAUUUUCUGUCAUACAAGAGAAAAAUUGUCCUGAGAGCAAAGCCGAUGUAUGGAGUAUAUAAUCCCAGUUAAUUCUCCCAAAACACAAAAUGCAAGGCUUGCAUGAAGAAGUGACAAAGCAAAGUACAUUACACAACCUCAAACCCGGCAGCGAU